CUCCUUCUCCAUCUCUCGCCAUCAUCGUCUCUGCUUAUUUUUUUUUUUUUCUUCUCUUUAUUCAUUGCUCGGACCGAACAAAGUUCAAAACUUUCUACCACUUUCGGAUCCUUCUCCAUUCAAAGUUAGGUUCUUUCCUUCCCAAUUCAAUUCAUUUUGCUUGGAUCCCAAGGAAAAUGAAGAAACCCAAAUCAUCAAAACCUGAAAAAACAGACAAACUCGAUCUCUUCUCGUCACUAUGGAAGCAGAGACCUUUCCGUGUGAUAAUAGCAAUAGGGUUCCUCUACCUCCUUAUGGUCACCCUCGAGAUACCUCUCGUCUUCAAAUCCUGGUCCUCCUCCACAACCUCCAUUGAUUCUCUCUCAAGGCUCGACACAGAGCAAGAGCCUCGAGUCGAGACAAUCCCUAAACCGGAUUCUGAACCGACGACCCUUAACCGGACGGAGGAGGAGAAGAACAACGUCCGUGAGCAGCAUCACAGAGGUCUUCUCUCGAGCCUGAGAUUUGAUUCUGAGACUUUCGACCCGAGCAGCAAAGACGGGUCGGUGGAGCUUCACAAGUCGGCUAAGGAGGCUUGGCAGCUAGGGAGGAAGCUGUGGAAGGAGCUAGAGUCAGGGAGGCUGGAGAAGUCGGUGGAGAAGACUGAGAAGAACGUCUUGUCAGACGCUUGCCCGCACUCUGUUUCGUUAACCGGGUCGGAGUUUAUGAACCGGGAGAAUCAGCUGAUGGAGCUGCCUUGUGGUUUGACGUUGGGCUCGCACGUGACUUUGGUCGGGAGGCCGAGGAAGAGCCAUCCCAAGGAAGGUGAUGGGUCUACUACUAAGUUGGUUUCUCAGUUUGUGAUUGAGCUUCAAGGUUUGAAGACUGUUGAUGGUGAGGAUCCUCCUCGGAUCCUGCAUUUCAACCCGAGGCUCAAGGGAGAUUGGAGUAGAAAGCCGGUGAUUGAGCAGAACACUUGUUAUAGAAUGCAGUGGGGAUCUUCGCAACGGUGUGAAGGAUGGAGGUCAAGAGAUGAAGAAGAGACUGUUGAUAGUCAUGUGAAGUGUGAGAAGUGGAUCCGUGAUGAUGAUAACUACUCAGAAGGGUCGAGAGCGAGAUGGUGGUUGAAUAGACUUAUAGGAAGGAGGAAGAGAGUCAAAGUAGAAUGGCCGUUUCCUUUUGUGGAAGAGAAGCUCUUUGUUCUCACUCUUAGCGCUGGUUUAGAAGGUUACCAUAUCAACGUUGAUGGACAGCAUGUUACAUCCUUCCCUUAUCGCACUGGUUUCACACUUGAGGAUGCAACGGGGCUUACAGUAAAUGGAGACAUUGAUGUCCACUCAGUUGUUGUUGCCUCUCUGCCAACAUCACAUCCCAGCUUUGCUCCCCAAAGGCAUCUCGAGUUGUCAAAGAGAUGGAAGGCACCUUUGGUUCCCGAUGGGCCUGUGGAGCUUUUUAUCGGUAUUCUUUCCGCAGGCAAUCAUUUCGGAGAACGGAUGGCUGUGAGGAAGUCGUGGAUGCAGCAUGUUCUUAUCACAUCUUCGAAAGUUGUUGCUCGUUUCUUUGUGGCACUCCAUGGGAGGAAAGAAGUGAAUGUGGAACUGAAGAAAGAAGCAGAGUACUUUGGGGACAUUGUGCUUGUUCCUUACAUGGAUAGCUAUGAUCUUGUUGUGCUGAAAACUGUUGCAAUAUGUGAACACGGAGCUUUUGCAUUCUCUGCAAAGUACAUAAUGAAGUGUGAUGAUGAUACGUUUGUAAAACUCGGCGCAGUGAUCAACGAAGUGAAGAAAGUACCCGAAGGUAGAAGCUUGUACAUUGGUAACAUGAAUUAUUACCACAAGCCUCUCCGUGGGGGUAAAUGGGCAGUCACUUACGAGGAAUGGCCAGAGGAGGACUAUCCGCCCUAUGCAAAUGGACCUGGAUAUGUUCUAUCUUCUGACAUUGCACGCUUCAUCGUGGGAGAGUUUGAGAGACACAGAUUACGGCUGUUCAAGAUGGAGGAUGUAAGUGUGGGAAUGUGGGUGGAGCAUUUCAAAAACACAUCAAACCCAGUGGACUAUAGGCACAGUCUGAGAUUUUGUCAGUUUGGUUGUGUUGAGAACUACUACACAGCUCAUUACCAGUCGCCAAGACAGAUGAUAUGCUUAUGGGACAAGCUCUUAAGACAGAACAAGCCAGAGUGUUGUAACAUGAGAUGAUUGAUUAUCGAGGGAAACAGCCAUGUGUGUUUUUGAGAUAUAAUAUGCUUUCAAGCGUGCGUUGAAAGACUAAUGCCGAUUAAGGAAACCAAUUUUGCAAAGCUCACACAUAGAGAGACUCUGGAGUUUUGGUCUGCAAUCUUCAAGCCAUCUAAAUCUGUAGAACAAACGGAGAGAAGAGUAAACAAAGACGCAUAUAUAGUCUAGUCAUACAUUCACUUUGUUUGUGAAUCAAUUUGAUUUAUUUUCAUUUGUAUAAAACCUAUUUCUUAAAUCUAAUUGAAAUUUUGUUCUUUUUUA